CGGUGGCCGUGUCGCUGUUGAUGGGCAGCGUGGCGCGCGAGGGCAGCGUGGCGGCGGCGCUGCUCGGCGUCUGGACGGCGGUGGCCUGCCUCCUGGGAGCCGCCGCGGCGCCCAUGGUGCUGGGCACCGCGUGCACGCGGCUGCAGGACCUCGCGGUCCUGCUCGCCGCCGUCCUGCACACGCGGCAUGCGGCCGCCUCCGCCGCGGUUCCAGGCCCGCCUACGGAGCACCUGGCGAUGUUCUGGACCGUCGCCAUGCCGCUGGCCGGCACCGGCUGCGGAGUGGUUCUCUGCUACGCGCUCCUCGUGCUGACGCUGCAGCUCCUUGCCGGCGAGGCCGCCGUCGAAGCUGGGUACUUGGCCGCGGCGCUGCUGCUCGCUGCGCCCGUGGUCGCGCUCGAAAACCAGACCGCGGAGCUCUGGGACCGCCUGCAGCGCGGCCAGGCCGGGCUUCAGCGCCUGCUGGAGAAUGCGGGUGGCACGCACUGCGUGGUGGACGUGUCUACCGGGAGCCUCGUGUCGUGCAGCGAGGACUUCCGGCUGAUCUUCGGCGUGCCCGCCGAGCAAGGCCAGAGCAUCGUGGACCUCGCGACCUCCACGCAAGACCAGGACGGGCUGCGCCAGCUCCUGCGGACUUCCCGCCUGGCGGCCCGCACCUCCCGCUUGGAGUCCUGCUUCGUGGCGUCGCUGCGCGCGGCGGGCGCCGCGAGCGGGGCCGCGGCGCGCCUGGUGCCGUACGACCUGUCCGGCGGCCGCUUGUACCUCCUCGUGCAGGUGCAGGCCGGGGAGGGCCUGGGCAAGCGCGUGUGGGCCCGGGAGCAGGCAGUGGCGGAGCGCGAGGCGAGGUGCGCGGUGCUGGAGCAGGCCCUCGCCGCGCGCGACGCGCGCGCGGGCGAGCUGGAGAACGCCCUGGGGGAGAUGCACGCGCUCUACGAGCAGGGCCGCAGGGCAGCCACGGCCAGUCCGCCUUCCCCGCAGGCGCGGCGAGGUGCCCGCGCUUCCUCCGGGAGGCCGCGCUGCUUCCAGAUCCCCGCGCUGGCCGUGAGCAGCCCGCAGAGCGGUGCCAGCUUCGCCUCGUCGGACAGCCAGCCCGUCGGCCCGCCUGUGGAGCGCGACCUGCUCGCUUUCCCCGAGGUCUCGAAGAAAUACCUGGACAAGUCGUUGCGGCGUGUCACGGGACGAGAACCCAGCCCCCCUUCUGCUGUCAUUCUAAAGGAGGGCCUCGGCAAGACCCCGAAGUACAAGGUGAGGAAGAAGGAGAGCCCCAUAGGGAGCCCGAUCAAGGACAGCACGGACCAGCACUACACGGUUCUCAAGGGCGGGGUGGGCGAGAAGGUGGUAGAGGAGGAGGAGCGCGGGCACGAUGAGGGCCUCGGAGUGGCCUCGCUGGAGGACGUCUUGGGUGCUCAUGACCUCUACGUAUUCUUCCAUAUGUUGUCGGCUGUCUGCCUCGUCGCCCUCGUCAGCACUCUUCCUGCCAUGUCCGCGGGGCUGUUGAUGGGGGGCGCUCGCAAGCGACAAGCCGCGGCCGCGAGCUUGCCGCCGGCGGGAGCUUCCCUGGUCCGUGGGGCGCGCAAGGCUGGCUUGCAGUCGCCGACGCUGCCAGUGCUCCAGGCAUCGCCCGCGAGCCGCCAGGGCUCGAGCGGUGGCCCCACGCCGCAGCAGCGGGCUCGGCUGAUCCAGCCGCCAGCGGGCAUGCCAGUGCUCAACGCGGCCUCCGUGCGCACGGCGUCGGGGCGUCAGGCUUACCUCUCGAUGCUGGUGGGUUUCGACAACUGGACGAGACAGCAUCGACGGGCUACGCAGGAGCCUGCUCAGAUGGACCGAGCGGUCCGCGACUACAUCCGCCAUCUCUUCGAGCGGGGGUAUCACCAGACCUACGCCAACCGUAUGAUAGCGGCGGUGGCGUGGCGCGAUCCGCGCUAUGCCAGAACGGGCCAGUUCGAGCUGCCGCUGUCCAAGCAAGCCGCCAAGGGGUGGCGCAACCUGGCCCCAGCUCGCAGCCGAAUGGCCCUUCCGUACGAGGUCGUCGCCAUGGUGGUCAACUACGUGUCCCAUCAGCGCGGCACCCCCGAGGCGCUCGCGAUCUGGCUCCUCUUCGAGAUCUACGGCCGCCCAGGCGAGAUCCACGGGCUUCGCCUGCAGGAUGUGGCGCCGCCGGCGCCUUCCGCGUCAGGGGCUCACCGCUACACCUCGGUGACGCUCCACGCGCAGGAGGUCGGCGACGUCUCGAAGACGGGAGAGCUCGACGCCGCGAUCCGUCUCGACCUCGAGCGCCAGGCAGGCCUGGCUGCGGGGCUGCUGGCGAUGGCCGCCGCGCGGCGCCGCGCGGGAACGCCGCCCUGGGCGCCGCUUUUUGCAGUCGACCAGCGCAGCGUGGCCAACGCAUGGCGUGGGGCUGUCACCGCCCUCGGCCUCCGGAAGCUGGGUGCCUGCCACGUCUACCAGCUCCGCCACUCAGGCCCAAGCCACGACUACGCAGCAGGGCUGCGCGACUUGGAGCAGAUCAGGCGGCGUGGGCGCUGGAAGAGCUGGAGCUCAGUCCGCAGGUACGCAAAAAAGGAG